CCCCACGACUUUGGAGGGAGCCUGAUACCACACGGCGGGGCUCGGUCACGAUUACCUGCAUUGGUUGGCAACCUCCAUGAGGGGGGUGUGUGUUCGUGUCUCUUCCUAGGACUCCACAGGAAUCACGUUCGUGUGUUUAAGCUGCAAUCAACACAGUUGUUAGGACGAUCGUCGCAGCCAUCAGGUGCUUGUGUUGUUUAUGAAGUGCUGGGCCAGUUGCUGGGCACCGGACAACAGAACGUUCUGUGAUACCGGAAAGGUCCUGUAUCUGCCCUGUCCAGCAAGGGAGCCACCAGCCUCCUGUGAGCCUCUACCGUGGGGACUGGAUCUCCCGCCUCCGGGAAGCGCCGGGCCUGCCAUCGAGGCAUCCGUCUUCCGUGCACUCACCUGCGGGGAAGUGUGGGCAGAUGAGCAGCCUCCCAAGCCCCGAGCCCAGCCCCCAAGUCCCAACCCCCGGGGGCUGCAUUUUGAACAAUUCCCCCAAGGUGACCCUGAAGCCGUGGUCCGUGGGCCACGUUCUGAGAACACUGCCCUAGUCCUCCCACCAGGGAGUGGCCGGGCUGGAGGGGACCCCUGCCUCAGCUCGUCCAGGCCCCGGUGGUAUAGACUUGUAGACAGAGGCCCAGACACCCGAGCGGGGCGACCCAUGGCAGCUGGCCACACGGUGCAGGCUGAAGUCGAGGAAAGAGCUCCAGACUCUCCUCUGCAUCCCACAGCCAGGACCGAGUGCCGAGACAGAAGGCGACCCCGGGGGAGUCGUGCGGACACUCCACUGCCCCUAAACGUCCAGGAGGUGACCCUUCCUGGCCCAGGUGACCCUGACCGGGGCCCAGAGGCCCUGCUCUGACAGACAGAUGCUACCUGGGAGACAGGGCCAGCGCGGACACAGGACUGUGGGACAGGGUGCCUCUCAGUAUGGUUCCUCUGCUCGCCCCUAAAAUGGCCCCUGGUGGCUGAAGGAAUAAACGACCUGGCACAAGGAAGGUUCUCCACUGUUUGUGGAAAGGGGGGAAGGGCAGGAGGAG